UGGACAGCAAGCAAAUAGCGACACGCCCCGUGGGCGGCAUAUUCGCACUUUUGUUUGCUUUUCAAUCAAAAGUCAAUAGCAGAAGCGACCAUAUAAAAGGCAACGCAAAAAUUGUGGUCGCUCCGCUUCAGGCUCGGUCUAUUGUGCACGUCAUGUCCUUCUGGGCUGUAAGUCGCGGCUUAACGCCACCGGGCAAGGUGGCGCCCAUGCUGAAUCCUAAUCAACGCCAGUUUCUGGAGGAUGAGCUGCGCUAUCGUGAGAAGCUCAAGAUGCUGGCGGGCGGCACAACCAUCGAGGAUGGCUAUGUACGCAAACCGGAUAGCGUGGAUGAUCCGUUCGAGCUGGACAAACAUGAUGCAUUCUAUCGUGCCACCAAAAGUCUGCUGGUGCUGUUCCAGAUCAUGGGCGUAAUGCCCUUGAUACGUAAUCCGCCGGUGAAGAACAUGCCAAGAACCGGCUACACCUGGACAUCCAAGCAGGCCAUGUGGGCCAUGUUCAUUUACGCCAUCCAGACGACAAUUGUGGUGCUGGUGCUGCGCGAGCGUGUGAAAAAAUUCAUAACCAGCCCGGACAAGCGUUUCGAUGAGGCCAUCUAUAAUGUCAUAUUUAUCAGUCUGCUCUUCACGAACUUUCUGCUGCCCAUCGCCAGCUGGCGUCAUGGACCGCAGGUGGCCAUCUUUAAGAAUAUGUGGACCAACUAUCAGUACAAGUUCUUCAAGACGACAGGCUCAACGAUUGUGUUCCCGAAUCUGUAUACGGUGACCUAUGUGCUGUGCACCUCCUCCUGGCUGCUGAGCAUCGCCAUAAAUCUGUCGCAGUAUUUUCUACAGCCGGACUUUAGCCUGUGGUACACGUUCGCCUAUUAUCCCAUUAUAGCCAUGUUGAAUUGUUUUUGCAGCUUGUGGUAUGUGAAUUGCAAUGCCUUUGGGACGGCCAGUCGUGCCUUGUCGGAUGCUCUGCAGGCGACGAUACGAGGCGAUAAGCCUGCCCAGAAACUGACAGAGUAUCGACAUCUGUGGGUGGAUCUUAGCCAUAUGAUGCAGCAGCUGGGUCGCGCCUAUUCCAAUAUGUAUGGCAUGUAUUGUCUGGUCAUCUUCUUUACCAGCAUCAUCGCUGCCUAUGGCAGCAUCAGCGAGAUUAUCGAUCAUGGCGCCACCUACAAGGAGGUGGGUCUCUUUGUCAUUGUGUUUUACUGCAUGUGCUGGCUGUUCAUCUUCUGCAAUGAGGCGCACUUUGCCUCGCGUAAGGUGGGCCUCGACUUUCAGACCAAGUUGCUCAACAUCAAUCUGACAGCCGUCGACACGGCCACGCAGAAGGAGGUCGACAUGCUGCUGGUUGCCAUCAGCAAGAAUCCGCCCACAAUGAAUCUCGAUGGAUUUGCGAACAUCAAUCGCGAGUUAAUCACCACAAACAUCUCCUUUAUGGCCACCUAUUUGGUUGUGCUGCUUCAGUUCAAGAUCACGGAACAGCGCAGAUCAAACAUUGCUUAACAGAUAAUCACGACAACUAAUCGAAGAGCUUGGAACACUUUCUAUGGGUACACUCAGAAAAAGCAGAUACCAGUAAAUAGGCAUAAUGAUUUGUAAAACUUCUAAAAUAGUUUUCAGAUAAUAAAA